AUGGGGGGGCCCCCACGAGCAGCAGCAGCAGGGGCCCCCCCCGCAGCGUUGCGGGUACUCCUUCCUCUCCUUUGCUUGCUGCUGCUGCUGCUGCUGCUGCAGCAGCAGCUGGGCGUCGGUCCCCUGGGGGGCCCCGCGAGGCCCCCAGCUGCCGCAGUACCCACCGAGCUGCAGCAGCAACAACAGCAACAGCAACUACAACAGCAACAGCAGCAGCAACAACAACAACAGCAGCAGCAGCAGCAGCAGCAGCAGCAGCGGCAGGGGGGUUCAAGGGCUCAGAAGCGGCUGGAUGAUACAGCAGCAGCAGCAGCUGGGCGUCGGUCCCCUGGGGGGCCCCGCGAGGCCCCCAGCUGCCGCAGUACCCACCGCAGCAGCAAACGAAAGAGGGAAACAACCAGAGGAGAGGGGGGCCCCCCAUCAAGCUCUCCUUCGGGUUUAGGGGGCCCCCCUGCGAGGCGACAGCAGCACGGAGGGGGGCCCCCGCAGCAAGGAGCAGCAGACCGCAGCAGCAAAGCAGCUGGAAGAACCACAACUCCCGCUGCUGCUGCUGCUGCUGCUGCUGCUGCUGCUGCAGAGGCGGAGAGGUCUGUGCCUCCCCGUCAGCAUAGAAAUGGUUGGGGGCCCCCCGUAAAGGGAGAGGAGAGCAAGGGGGGCCCCCCCCCUGAUGAGGGUGUGGGGGGGGGCCCCCAUGGGUUCGAGGGGGGGGGCCCCCACCCCAUGCAUGCAGCAGAAGAAAUGUACCCUUCUCUGGUUUUCUCUGCUUCGCAGUCUCCUACCCCCGACAGCAGCAACACCCGCAGCAGGGGCCCCUCAGUCGAGAAGCAGGGGGGGCCCCCUGGGGGGCCCCCUGGGGGCCCCCCAGUAUAG